UGUGGCCCUGGCCGGCCGGAAAGUCGUGAAGCCAAGGGGUGGGCUUUUGCCAGGAAAAGCCGUUGGCCUCUGCUGAGGUAAAGGCGGCGGGGAAGGCCUCGCCGCGUGUUCACACGCGGGGUCCCCGGAGGAAGGCGUUCAGGUUGGAAUUGUUGAAAGAAUCCUGAUUCAUCCUCACGAUGGCUACUGUGCAGCUCUCUCACAACACCAGAACACUGAAGGCGUCUAAGAACACAAUUUUCCCAUCCCAGAUCGCAAACGAGCACGAGUCCCUGGUGAUGGUGAAGAAGCUUUUUGCUACUUGUAUCUCGUGUAUAACGUAUUUGAGGGGCUUGUUCCCAGAGAGCUCCUACAGAGAGCGCCGUUUGGAUGACCUCAGUUUAAAAAUUCUCCGGGAAGACAAAAAGUGCCCGGGGUCAUUACAUAUUGUUAAAUGGAUUCAAGGUUGUUUUGAUGCUUUGGAAAAGAGAUACCUACACAUGGCAGUAUUAACACUUUACACAAAUCCCAAGGAACCUGAGAAAGUGACUGAGAUAUACCAAUUCAGAUUCAAAUACACAAAAAAAGGAACCACUAUGGACUUUGACAGCAGCAGUACAAGCUUUGAAAGUGGGACAAACAGUGAAGAUAUUAAGAAAGCCUGUUCCCUACUAAUCCGUCAAUUGUAUAUACUGAUGCAGAACCUUGGACCCCUUCCUAAUGAUGUUAUACUUACUAUGAAACUCCAUUAUUAUAACUCAGUGACCCCACAUGAUUACCAACCCCCUGGUUUUAAAGAAGGGGUGAAUUCACACUUCCUGUUGUUUGAGGGGGAGCCUGUGAGCCUUCGAAUGGGUUCAGUCUCCUCUGGCUUUCACAGCAUGAAAGUAAAAGUCACAACGGAGGCCACCAGAAUGCUCGAUGGGGAGAACAGUGUCAGUCAGGACGAUGGCACUACUGAGAUAGCUCAUCAGGGUCUAGACUGUGACGAGGAAGAGGAGGCCUGCGGCAGGCAAGUCCAAAGAAUGAAUUUUGUGCACAUUGAGACAAGUUUUGAAAGUUCCAGAAAGAAGAAGAAGAAGGUCAGCGAACCAGUGACAGACAGUCUUCAUUCCUAACAGAAAAUGAAACUUAGGUGCCUUUGCUACACGUAUUUUGCAAAAAUCUAUGAAGUGCUGUAACAGGAUAAUGACCAAGCCUUCUUCCUAAGGCUUUUGCUCCACUCUUUCCUCAGUCUGUGAAAGGCUAAGCUAUUGAGCAGGCCCUAGGUUCACUUCUCCAGAAGGAACCAGGAUCCGCAGAGCUGCCUUGGGAUGGGAUGACCUCACGGCUGAGUUAGAGAGGAGACACGCUCUGUGUUUGCAAAAAACCACAGCAGUUAUUUUGGAAAGAAAUAAGCUGCUGUUCUUCAAGAAAAGGGUUUUUCUUUACAUAAUUAAAUUCUCCAGGUAUCUCUGUGAAAUACUCUGACUUGUUAGAACCUGUGUGUUGGAAUCCUUCUAUAGCUUUACUAAAACUCACACAGAGCAGCAUAGGAUAUGUGUGGAGGUGCUUAGCCAGGCGUGAUUUAUAUGUUGAUUUUUGUCACAAAGUUGAUCAGCAGCAUGUGGAUCCAGAUGCCCUCCCUCCCUGUGCACUUCCUCAGCUCUGUCCCAGGCCCUGUGUUGUUGGCCAAUCCCAAACAGCUGACAUGCAGUUCAGGAGCCUGGUUCCCCUGUAAGACCUAUAUUGUGUAUUUUCCCCAAAAUACUUGAGUUUAUCUGUCUGUAACUUGCAGGUGAUGCUAUUUGUCCCCUCCAUAUUCUGGAAGAAUUUUGAUAGGCUUAUUGAUUAAUGUGAUAUGAAUAAUAAAUGACUUUAAGAAUUGUUUGAUAAUUUAUGUAACAUGGGGCUUAAUAAUUGAAC